GGCGUAGCCAGUCUCCGCUGACUGGCCCGCCCCGAGUUCCGGAGCCCUCUUACCCCUGACAGGAGGAUGGCUCAGGAGAAGGGUGGGAACCUGUCCGAGGUACAAGCCCGGAUUGGGGCCUCCCACAACAUCAACGAYCUGGACCGCAAGCUCCAGUUCUAUGGCCGCUGGGCUCCAGAUUACGACCAGGAUGUGGCUGCCCUGCAGUACCGAGCCCCCAGGCUUGCUGUGGACUGUCUAACUCAAGCCCUUCCAGGCCCACCCCAUGAUGCCCUGAUCCUGGACGUUGCCUGUGGCACCGGCCUUGUAGCUGCGGAGCUGCAGGCUCGGGGCUUCCUCCAGCUGCAWGGAGUGGAUGGGAGCCCAGAGAUGCUGGAACAGGCCCAGGCCUGCGGCCUCUACCAGCACCUCAGCCUCUGUAUCCUGGGUCAGGAGCCUCUGCCCAGCCCGGAAGGGACCUUUGAUGCAGUGCUGAUAGUGGGUGCCCUCAGUGAUGGCCAGGUGCCCUGCAGUGCCAUACCUGAGCUCCUGCGUGUUGCCAAGCCAGGUGGGCUGGUGUGCCUGACCACCAGGACCAACCCAUCCAACCUGCAGUACAAGGAGGCACUGGAGGCCACCCUGGACAAGCUAGAGCAGGCUGGGGCCUGGAAACGCCUGGUGGCCCAGACUGUUGACCACUGGGAGCUGGCCACCUCUCCACUUGAGGUGGCACCCGGCGCCAAGGAUGGCUUCAUCUCGGGCAUCAUCUACUUGUACCAAAAGCAGAGGUCUCCCURAUGGAGGGAGUGAGGCCCAGUCACAGCUCCUAGAAGGCCUCUGAGCUUCCAAGUGACCUUAGCCAGGCCCGUCUUCUGGUCCUCUUUGCUCCAUCUGUAAAAUGGGACCAUUGUAUCAAACCUGCCCCUUAAGAAUGUUCUSCCUAUUAAAUGAACUCCCAG